UUUUGUAUUUGGUUGUAUAUAUAUUAGUUAAGCAUUCAUCACCGCAUAAACGUCGUUCUUCUUGUUUCGCUUUCACACUGUGAUUCGCAAUAAAUAUUUACGUUUUGCAAAACGGGUUUUAUAGCUAUCGGGUACAUAGUACAAAUAGCUUUGCUAACAACUGAGGGGCUGGACCUUAUCUCUUAUCGGAAUUGUGUUCGACAAAAAUGUCAGCAACAAUCGAACAGCAGUUGUAAAGCCAACACAGAGUGAAACUCAUUAACAAAUUUUGCGUGUUUAUUUAGUGUCUGUGCAUACGUAACCCAAACAGAAAAGAAAAGCUUGGGGAAAUGGAUACCGGCAGCGAGUCAUCGGAUGUAAACAUGAUUGGUCCCUUUAUUGGCGCCAUUGAUGAGGGCACCACGUCGGCACGGUUUAUGAUCUUUCGUGCUGGCACCGAUGAUAUUGUUUGCUAUCAUCAAAUCGAGGUUCCUUCUAUUUUUGUGAAGGAAGGCUGGUGUGAACAGGAUCCGCUGGUUAUUACCAACACUGUCAACGAGUGCAUUGAGGGUGCAUGUCAAAAGCUCAUUGCGCUAGGUGGCAAGGUCAAGGAUAUUUUGGCAAUUGGUAUCACCAACCAACGAGAAUCUACAUUGAUUUGGGAUAGGAAUACGGGCGAGGCCUUGGCCAAUGCCAUUAUUUGGUUGGACAAUCGCACCACCAGUACUGUGGAGGAUUUACUGGAGACAAUACCGAAUAACGCACGCAACAUUAAUUAUUUGCGACCAUUGUGUGGCCUGCCGCUUUCGCCUUACUUCUCCGGAGUUAAGUUGCGCUGGCUCAAGGAUAAUGUGGCAACAGUGAAGCGGGCGAUGGAUGCAGGUGAUGCCAUGUUUGGCACAAUUGAUACCUGGCUGAUGUACAAUCUAACAGGCGGCGUGAAUGGAGGUAUCCAUAAGACUGAUGUGACAAAUGCCUCGCGCACUAUGCUAAUGAACAUCGAGACGCUGCAAUGGGAUGCUAAUUUGCUGAAAUUCUUCGGACUGCCGAGCAGUAUUCUACCCGAGAUCUGCUCCAGCGCCGAGCAUUUUGGCACUAUUGCUGCGGGUGUGUUAAAGGGCAUUAACAUCACAGCCGAUUUGGGUGAUCAGCAGGCAGCGCUGGUGGGUCAACAAUGCCUGUCCAAGGGUCAAGCGAAAGCCACCUAUGGCACCGGUUGCUUUUUGCUAUAUAAUACUGGUCCAUCAAUAGUCCAUUCCCAGCAUGGAUUGCUCACUACGGUGGGCUAUCAGCUAGGUCGCAAGGCCCCACCCUAUUAUGCACUAGAAGGUAGUGUUUCCAUUGCCGGGGCCGCCUUCAAUUGGCUGAGAGAUAAUAUUGGCCUCAUACAGAAUACGGGCCAGAUCGAAACGAUGGCCAGUAUGGUGGACAACUCGUUGGAUGUUUACUUUGUGCCCGCUUUUAAUGGUUUGUAUGCACCUUAUUGGAACCAGGAUGCAAGGGGCGUGCUUUGUGGCUUGAGUGAGGAGACAACCAGUGAGCAUAUUGUGCGUGCUACGUUGGAGGCUGUUUGCUUCCAGGUGCGCGACAUACUCGACUCUAUGCACAAAGAUUGCAAAAUACCACUCACCAAGCUGAUGGUCGAUGGCGGCAUGACGGUCAACAAUCUGUUCCUUCAACUGCAAUCAGAUCUGGUUGGCAUUCAUGUACUCCGUGCCAAGAUUGCAGAGACCACAGCGUUGGGCGCUGCAAUGGCUGCCUAUAAAACGAUUGCUCCACAGUAUAAUAUGGAAGGCCCGUUGUCAAAAUCGGACGAGCGCGAGUCCGUAAAGCCGAAGAUCAAUUCCACAGAGCGCAAUUUGCGGUACCAGAAGUGGAAGAUGGCCAUUGAGAGAUCGCUGAAUUGGGAGACAUCCUCGCUUGCUCAAGGCGAACGCGAAUCCUUUGAUGGAGCUUAAACUCCUCCAGUUCCCAAAGCAUCACCAUGGCAAAUUGUAUUUAAUUCAAUAAA